GCGUCAGGCGUCCACUGAAGAAAUCCGGACGAGAAGCAGCGGGACAGAGAUGGGACAAGUAGUAUUAUUGUUAUUAUCGGGAAAUUUAGACGCUAUAACAGCACGUGUGACCGCUACGACUGCGAAUAUGACAUUAGAACUCGUGUGAGCGCUUCGUCAGCUUCGUCCGUGUAGAAUAAAAGGAAAGUUUCGUGGAUUUUGAUUAGAGAGGAAACGGAGCAGGGCGGUGGGAGGGAAGGAAGAAGCGACAGUCGGUCAUCAUGGAAGGGUUUGGAUCAGCGCUGGAGAAAAACGUGGCGGAUUUAACCGUGAUGGACGUGUACGACAUAGCGGCUGUGGUGGGCCAGGAGUUUGAGCGGAUCAUAGAUCAGUACGGCUGUGAGGCGUUGGCGAGGCUCAUGCCCAAAGUGGUGCGGGUUUUAGAAAUCCUGGAGGUGCUGGUGAGCCGCAACAGCAUCAGUCCGGAGACCGAGGAGCUGCGGCUGGAGCUGGAUAAACUCCGCCUGGAGAGACUGGACCGCCUGGAGAGGGAGAAGAAACACAAAAAGGAGCUGGAGUUGGUCGAGGAUGUGUGGAGAGGUGAAGCCCAAGACUUGUUGUCACAGAUUGCCCAGCUGCAAGAGGAAAACAAGACCCUCCUCAACAACUUGUCAGUCAAAGACUGCCCAAUGACAGAGGAGGAUGUUCAGAGACAGGAAGGUAUGUCGGAAAGAGAGAGGCAAGUGAUGAAAAAGCUAAAGGAGGUGGUGGAUAAGCAGAGGGAUGAGAUUCGUGCCAAGGAUCGAGAACUGACGCUGAAGAAUGAAGACAUUGAAGCACUGCAGCAGCAGCAGAACCGGCUGAUGAAGAUUAACCACGACCUGAGGCACAAGAUCACGGUGGUGGAGGCGCAGGGCAAGGCUCUGAUCGAGCAGAAGGUGGAGCUUGAGGCGUUCGCCCAGGCCAGGCAGCAGGAGCUGGCAAGCCUGAGACAAGAGGUGACGCGACUCAGAGAGCGUCUCCAGGGCGAGACCAAAAACCCUGAAACCGAGGAGCCGCCCGCUCCACCAUCACCUGCACAGAAUUUGCUCCCCAAGCCUGUGAUAUCACACCAUCCUCCGCUGUCCUUGGCUCCACGGAACCGCCAAGUGCUUAUAGAUGAGGAUGAAGCAGAUGAAGAGGAGGAAGAGGCUGUGUUGUUAUGGGAGGCAUUGAGUGAGGAAGAAGUGGGUUUCGAUCCCAACGAUCCAAACCGACCACGCUUCACUCUGCAGGAGCUGCGAGACGUCCUGCAUGAGAGAAAUGAGCUGAAGGCCAAAGUGUUCAUGCUGCAAGAGGAAAUCGCCUAUUACAAAGGUGAAGAGCAAGAAGAUGAUGUACACCCGCCCACUCCGGACCCUUCGCCCACGCUCAGGCCCCGCUCCCGAACCGGUGCCCAGCCAGAGUCGGGCAUAAAGCGCUUGAUCUUCACAGCCAUUAUGCCGAUGGUGGCGGCUGGCUUGAUUGCAGAUGACCCCACUUUACAGCCAAUCAGACGACUUGUUUCUCUUGUUUAGCUUCUUCUCCCGGGACAAGCGGCGCAACUCGCAGAAGAGCACGGCGCAGUUCGAUGACAGCUUCAGCCCGUGGUCCCGUAAAGACGACGUGUAUACAGAGCAAGCGCAGGAAGCUUUACAGCACAUGUAACUCACAGAACACUGACGAAGCACAAAAGACCCUCUAAUCCCUUAACUUCCCAUCCCUGCGAUGUCAUGAGCAAUACAUACACUCCACUGUUACAGACACACUUCCCAGCAGGCUGAACGGAUACAGAACAGCUCGAACAUAGAUACAGCUACACGAUUCUUCCGACAUUUAUAAAAGGUUUUAAGUAGUUUUAUGUGCGCGUUUGAUUACAGAAUUACGGGAGUAUGCAGAUUAUGAUCAUGUUUGCAGUUAUGAGGCAAACCAAGGAGGCCAUGCUCAUACGCUGUGAGUAGAAUUUUCGAACAGGGCACUUUAUCAUGUUAAAUUCAAAUUGAAUAAUGAAACAAUUCCAUGCCUAAUGAAGGCAGAUCCGGAUGUACUUUCAUAAAGAACGCAAAUAAAAAGGUGGCACUUUACAGCUUUAAACCUAAAGCUUGCACAGCAACUAUGAGGGAAAAUAUGGAACAUGUACAUAAGUACAGUAUGUUGUUACUGCUAUAAUUUAAAGAAAAAAAUGAGCAUCCAGACAUUCUAGGCUCUCAUAAGAUUCCCAUCAGCAAAUGUCCAUCACCAGCUGUUCUGCAUUCUUAUGACAUGUGUGGUGCUUAUGCUGGCAGUCCUAGAGUUGUUUAGUCAAAGCAUGAAAACGCCAGCACAGUUAAAGCGACAUACUGACAAAAGCUUCUUUGUGAGCAUGGAAUCCUUGCCAGAAUCCUAGAUUUUACUCAUUAUUUAAAAUAAAUAAAUAUGCAUUCUGUGUGGUUAUUAAAAGAUUUCAGGAAUUUCCUAAUGAUGAAUGUACCACACUACAGAUCUUUAAUGGACGGUAACAAAGAAUGCUGCAUAAUUACAUCUUAUUGGCCAUUAAAAUAUUUUAUACAUCA